AUGGCAGAAACAAUUCUACCGUUUGUGCUGCGUCAACUCUCAACUUUUCUCCGCGAGGAAGGACAAUUAUUGGGAGGGCUUCGGCAAGAGGUUCAAUUCAUCAUGGAUGAGUUGGGGCACAUAAGAGCUUUCCUGAGAGAGGCAGAAGAAAAAGAAGAAGAUGCUCAACCCAGGCUCCAAGAAUGGAUCAAGCAAGUCCGAGAAGUUGCUUAUGACAUUGAAGACUUUCUUGAUGAAUUUGGAGCUCGCUUUCCUCGGCAUCCCACAACAGGAUUCCAUGGCUCUGUUCGGAGAACUUUCAGCUCCAUCAAGAAUUUGAAAGCUCGUCAUCGAGGUGCUAGCAAAAUACAAAGCAUCAAGUCCAGAAUCAAAAGUAUUUCUGAAGGUCAUCAAAGAUACCAAUCCGAAUUUGGUAUCUCUACCCAAGCGUCCAACUCACUUUCUGCUGCGAACAACACAACAUGGCGCUAUAGCAGGGAUGAUGCACUUCUUGUGGAAGAAGCUAAAUUAGUUGGCAUUGAACAGCCCAAAAAACAUCUAAUUUCUCAGCUCCUCAAAGGGGAUGAUUGCCAACUAAAAGUUGUUUCAGUAGUUGGUAUGGCAGGACUUGGCAAAACUACCCUAGUGAAAAAAGUCCAUGAGGAUCCUGAUGUUAUAAGUCAUUUCCCAGUUCGUGCUUGGGUAACUGUCUCUCAAACAUGUGACUUUCAGGACCUCCUAAAAGACUUGAUUCGGCAGUUAUGCAAGGAAGGGAAGAAACCAGUCCCACAAUUGAUAGAGUCCAUGACUACCGCUGAGCUGAAAGAAUUUAUCAAAAAUUUUCUUCAACAAGCUGGAAGGUAUGCAAUUGUUUUUGACGAUGUAUGGGACGUGGAAUUUUGGAAUACCAUAAAAUUUGCAUUGCCCGAGAGUAGCCGCGGCAACCGUGUCAUGCUAACAACUCGCAAAGCUGACGUAGCCUCUGCCUCUUGCAUUGAAUCUCGGGGUCUUGUCUACAAAAUGGAGCCACUAUCUAUUGAGGAUUCGUGGACCUUGUUUUGCAACAAGAUUUUUAACGGGGAUAAUUGCCCUGGCCAUUUGAUGGAUGCAGCCAAAGGUAUAUUGGAUAAAUGUGCGGGCUUGCCCCUUGCAAUCAUCGCAAUUAGUGGGCUUUUGGCUUUGAAAGAUGUAAACAGAAUAGAGGAAUGGGAGAAGGUUCGACGCAGUCUUGGGGGUGAAUUAGAAGGCACUGGGAAGCUGGAUAGAGUUAAGAAGAUACUCUGUCUUAGUUAUAAUGAUUUGUCUUGGCAGCUAAAGACAUGUCUGUUGUACACAAGUGUCUUCCCAGAUGAUUACAAAAUACAAGGCGUCAGACUAAUUAAUUUGUGGAUUGCUGAAAGGUUUGUAGAAUGGAGAGAAGGAAUGAACAUUGAAGAUAUAGCUUGGGGUUAUCUCAGUGAACUCGUCAAUAGAAGUAUAAUUCAAGUGACUCGUGUGUUUUAUGAAGGAAUACCCCGACAUUGUCAAAUCCAUGACUUGUGGCGAGAAAUUAUCAUUUCCAAGUCAAGAGAACAGAACAUGGUCACAAUUACUGCUGGACAACCAACAAGGUGGCCAUCCGAGAAGGUACGCCGUCUAGUAGUCCAUAGUAGUAGAAGUAACAACACCCAGCACCACCAACAAAGGCCAAAUUAUUGCUUUGACUGCCUUCGGUCUUUCAUUACAGUUGGAUCCAUGGAUCCACCACUAUUCAAAAUGUUGUUAUCUGAAGUUUCAAUGAGUAGUAAGCUGUUAAAGGUUUUGGAUUUGAGAGGUCAAGCGACACUGGAGAAAAUACCAAAUGAGAUUUUCAACUUGUUUCAUCUCAACUAUCUAAACCUAUUUGGUACAAGAGUGGAGAGAGUUCCGAAAGCCAUUGGGAAGCUUCAACAUUUGGAGUAUCUGAAUUUGGGAAAUACUAGAGUUAGGGAAUUACCCAUGGAAAUCCUAAAGCUGCAAAAACUUUGGUUUCUCAAAGUAUUUCAACUAGUUGAUUCUUCAGAUGAUGAUUAUGGAUUUCAUGGAUUUAAGGCUCCAUCAAAUAUGGGAGGGCUUCUUGGCCUAGAAAUAUUAGAGUGCAUAGAUGCUAGUGGUGAAUCUACAAUAAUUCAAGAGAUAGGAAAGCUGACCCAAUUAAGAGAAUUAAUUAUUACAAAGUUAAAAAGAGAAGAUGGAAAGGGGCUUUGCUCCUCCCUUGCCAACCUCACCAAUCUUAGGGAAUUAACCGUUAAUUCAGUUGGAAAAGGUGAUGAUCAUGAGAUACUCGAUCUAAACCAUCAUUAUUCUUCUCUUUCUUCUUCUUCUUCUUCUUCUUGUUCGUUUCUUCAAUCUCUUCAUAUGCUGAUUUUGCUUGGCCACUUAGAAAAGAUGCCAAAAUGGGUAGUUCAUCUUCACAGCUUGGUAAGAAUAGAUUUGAAUUGGAGCAGGUUAAGGGGUGAGGAGGAUCCACUUGAAUCCCUCCAGUAUUUGCCCAAUUUGCAUAGUAUUAAUUUUUGUGGAUCUUACCAGGGAGAAGGGUUGUGUUUCAAGGUUGGAGGGUUCCUAAAGCUGAAAAGGUUGCACUUAAAGAGCAUGGAAGGGUUGAGAUGGAUGAGAGUGGAGGAGGGUGCACUGCCUCAUCUCCAAAGGCUAAUUCUAGAAAAACUUCCAUUACUAGAGGAGUUACCUUUGGGUAUUCAGCACUUGAGCCAUCUUCAACAGCUGUUUUUGUAUGAGAUGAGUUCUCAAAUGAUGGAAAAGAUGGAGAAUCAAAAGGAAGAAAGUGAAGGUUACACAAGAAUCGCACAUAUUCCUGAAAUUGUCCUUGUUUACAAUACAAAUGAUGGGAAAUGGAGACACCGCCGGCUGUGGGCGAAGAACAAGAAAACAUAUAAUCUUUCCUAA